GCCACCACUCCUGGAACGUCAAAUGGCUUCAGAGGGAGUCAGUAGUGUGCCUGGUUGUGGUUGUAAAGGCAUAAGGACAUGUCUAACCUGUGAGAGAAUAACGGGCAAAAUUGGCUUGACUGCAAACGAAAUGACAAAGGAAUCACACGAAUUUACAUACAAUCCUUCAUCAGAACUGGCCAUAAGAUGUGUGAGUGGGGUUCAACAAUCAUUUCCCUUCCCUGGAGUAUUUCUAUGCGAAAACUUUGUCACUGAGGAGGAGGAGAAGGAACUGGUGUCUAAAAUGGAUGAAGAUAUUUGGAGAGAAUCACAAUCAGGAAGAAGGAAACAGGAUUUCGGCCCUAAAGUUAACUUCAAAAAGAGACGUGUACGUGUUGGAGGCUUCUGUGGCUUGCCGUCGAUUAGUCAAAAACUAGUGGCCCGAAUGAACCAGUUGCCCCAGCUUAAUGGAUUUCAUCCAGUGGAGCAAUGUAACUUGGACUACAAUCCCCAGCGAGGGUCUUCUAUUGAUCCCCACUUUGAUGACAGCUGGCUGUGGGGAGAGCGAUUGGUUACGAUCAACUUGCUUUCGGACAGCAUUCUCACAAUGAGCCUAGAUGGAGGAUGUGGACAAUUGGAUCAAGGAGAAGUGAAGGUCCAUCUCUCUCGUAGGUCCUUGGUUGUGUUGUUUGGUGAAGCAAGACACCGAUGGAAACAUGCAAUCCAUAGAAAGGACAUUCACAGUCGCAGAGUGUGUAGUACAUUCAGGGAGCUUUCUGCUGAGUUCCUAGAAGGUGGAGAACAAGCAGAGGUGGGCUCCCAACUAUUGAACAUUGCCUCCAGCUUCCAUGGGGUUCCUCUGUGACAGUUUAUUAUAUAAUUUCACUCAGGAGGGAAUUAGCCUAAUAGGCCCAAUAUUAAGUUAAUCAACAAUACCACUGUUGUAGCCAGCAUGCAACUUACGGAAUCACACACAGUGUGACAAUUUACUGAAGGAAUUCUUGCACUUUAAGUCAAAGCAGUUGUUUUAUAAUAGGCUAUUAUUAUUAUUAAUAAUAAUAAUAAUAAUAAUAAAAACAUCUAAAAUAUAUAAAUGUGUCUGUGUUGAUUGAUUAACUAUUUUUUGUACACUGGAGUGUGGCAUGGUGCAAAAGGGGUUCUUUCUUACUUGUAAAUAAUUUGCUUUAAUAUAUCAAUGCUAUUCAUGACAAGAUUCAGCUCACUACAGUUUAGCAAUCAAUCUGGCAGCUGUGUUGUUGUUGUUCAUGUUCAGGAGCUACUUCAUGAAAAGCUCUCAUUAUUGUUGUUAUAAUUAUUGUUGCAGUUGAGGUCAUUGCUAUUUGAUUAAAACACGGAUUACAUUUUAAAUAUUAGCUAUUUGCCUGUAAGAAAAUCUUAUGUUAGGCCUAGGCCUAUAUCAGUUUCAUAUUUAUAACAUGGACAAUGCAGGCCAC